AUGGCAGCUGCUGGAAGUGCGUCUCCUCGCACUCUGCAGCAGGGCAUUCGCAGAAGCAUAUCUGCGGCUGCUUCGGGUGGUCUGCACCUGCUGACCAGCGAGACGGAUCUCAACCAAGGCCGAGAACACGACGAACACAUAUCGCCGACGCGGGUCUCUGUGAGGGAUCGCAUGAGCCUCCGGUCUAGAAGUCCCGGAUCCUCGAGUCUAUCAGAUCUGGAUCCCUUCUUUGAUCGAGCAAUGUCACUGCCUUCCAUUCGGGAGAGAGAUAGUGACAACGACAGCCAGUUCCGCAAUCCAUUUGCAGACACGAACUCUGUGGCAGACACGCAGGCAGACGAUGCUCGGAAUCCGUUCGACGAUUCAAGUGCCGAGGACACACUGCAGGAGCAGCCUCUAGAGCCGCCCUACCACAUUUUCACCAAGAGGCAAAAGUGGUUUGUUAUCGUCAUUAUAGGCACAGCUGGGUUGUUCUCUGGCCUAUCGUCAAACAUCUACUUUCCAUCGCUCGAUGCCAUCUCACGGGAUCUACAUGUGAGCGCCGAGAUGGUCUCGUUGACUAUCACCUCCUAUCUCAUUAUCCAAGGCAUUUCGCCGCUCUUUUGGGGCUCUAUCUCAGAUGCCUUGGGGAGACGACCUAUCUACAUCGCCUCUUUUGCCGUCUACAUCAUUUCCAACAUCGGUCUCAGCUUUUCGCCAAAUUUCACCAUUCUCAUGGUUUUCAGAGGGUUGCAAGCGGCCGGCAGCGCUUCGACCGUCAGCAUCGGAAACGGUGUCAUCCAGGAUAUCUCUCCUCCCGCGGAGCGGGGUGAGUUCAUUAGUUUUUACCAGGCGAUCACUAUUGUGAUUAUCAUAUUUCUGCCCGAGACCAUGCGAAGCAUUGCCGGGAAUGGCUCGCUCCGGCUGGGGGGUGUCUAUAAGCCCCUGAUACGCCUUGUUACAAAAGAGCCUGAUUAUCUAGAAGACCCGGAAGAGCCCCUUCCGCGGAAGAAGGUGACAGCUGCAACCUUCUUGGAGCCUUUGCGUCUGCUCGUACAGAGAGACAUACUCAUCAACCUCAUAUUCGGCGGUGUUGUUUACACCAUCUGGAGCAUGGUCACGUCGAGUACCACUGGAUUGUUCAAACAGCUUUUCAACCUAAAUGAACUCCAGAUUGGCUUGGCGUUUCUACCCAAUGGAUUCGGAACUAUCGUGGGCUCAGCCAUAGCUGGAAAGCUAAUGACACGAGAUUACAAGGCAAUAGAAGAGGCAUACAAGGUAUCCCAUAACAUGGAGAAGUCCGAAAAGCUGACAGCCAAGAACAUGCCCGCCGACUUCCCGAUAGAACGGGCGCGUCUACGUCGUUUGCCAUGGGUCGUCGUCAUAUUCAUCGCAUCAACGGGUGCUUACGGCGUCUCGCUCAACUUUCCCGCCGCGACCUCAUUGACAGGCUGGAUCGCUGUUCCGCUUACACUACAGUUCUUCAUCGCUGCGACGAGCAACGCUGUGUUCGCCCUCAACCAGACUCUCGUCACGGAUUUGUGCCCCGGCAAAGGAGCAAGAUACUCGCAAUUCAUUAUGACGGCUCCCGAAGUUCAUGCCGCGAACGUGAGUUCCAAAGCCAUCAAGAUUCAACAGCAACUCGCCCAGUACCUCGACAAAUACGUUUCAGACAACCAAAAGUCACUGCAAUGCAACAAGGAGGCAUCCCGUUCCUUGCCAGGAGGAACAACCCGCUCCGUUCUUUACUAUGAACCCUUCCCACUGGCGUUUUCGGGAGGUCACGGUUGUCAUCUAACAUCCAUGGAUGGGGAGGAGUACCUCGACUUUCUCUCUGAGUACUGCGCUGGCAUGUUUGGCCACUCACACCCAGACAUCAUUGCCGCAAUUGAGAGUGUUACCAAGUCAGGAUUUACUCUCGGUGGACCAGGACCUAAAGAGGGCGAACUGGGAAAGUUGCUUGUGGACCGGUUUCCAAGUAUCGACGCCAUCAGGUUCUGUAACUCAGGUACAGAGGCUAAUACCAUGGCUAUUGCUACUGCUCUGCACUUUAUUGGGAGGAAGAGGAUCUUGGUUUUCGAAAAUGGCUAUCACGGCGGCACACUAGCCUUCACGCCAGGAAACCCGUUGAUUCUCCCGCAUGACUUCGUUCAGGGUCGCUACAACGACAUUGAGUACACCCGCCCUCUCAUUACCGAAGAACUCGGCAUCAUUAUCGUCGAGCCGCUGCAAGGCGCAGCCGGCAUGUUUGCUGGAACCCAGGAAUUCCUCCAGUUUCUCAGAGACGAGGCCACCCGCGUCGGCGCUAUCUUGAUCUUUGACGAAGUCAUUACCUCGCGCCUCAACUACGGCGGUCUGCAAGAAAUCCACGGAAUUGUUCCCGACAUGACGACUAUAGGCAAGCACUUUGGAGGCGGCUUCUCCUUCGGUGCCUUUGGCGGAAAGAAGGAGAUCAUGGACCUGUACGACCCGUCGUCUCCCACGAGCCUGCAUCACUCCGGCACCUGGAACAAUAACAAAUUCUCCAUGACGGCAGGUGUUGCUGCGACGAAGCUGCUUUCGAGAGAAGCCCUCGAUAAGAACAAUAGCCUUGGUAACAAGCUGAGGGACGGACUUGGCGCUCUUUUCAAGGCCAAGGAUGAGUCGAUACUUACUCUUAGUGGGUUCGGCAGUGUCAUUGGAGUGCACUUCAACGGACCCUCGGCAGACAACCUGCGAGACUUGUUUUUCUUUUACAUGCUGAGCAAGAGGAUUUACGUCGGUCGUCGGGGAUUUCUUGCGUUGAACAUUACCCACGAGGAGAAACAUGUCAACAGGGUACUAGCAGCGGCAAAGGACUUUUGUGAUGAAGUAUUGUAA